CCCCAGCGCCGACGAUAGGCGCUGGCCCUGGUGCUGAUUCCGUCAGGCGCUGGAGGCAGCAGCAGCGGCGGCGGCAGCCCCGGCUCCUCUCUCCCAGCAAGCCAGACCUGGGAGUCUCUUCUCCACCCCGUUUUCUACAGAGCCUACUCCCCUCCCUGUCGCGGGCAAGGGGCAGCGGGCAGCCGAGGUCAGCAUCAUGCGCUCCCCUGGCAUCAUCCUCUUCCCCUCGUUCUUGGCGCUUCUGGCUCACGGAGUAUCCUUUGAGGUCCAGAACCCAGCCAGUGCAGAGACAGAUGGUGAGCUGACAGUGGCCCCCACACCUGAACAGCCUGAGGGAGGGGUCCACUUUGUCAGCACGGCCCCGACCCUGAAAUUGCUCAACCAUCACCCGCUGCUGGAAGAGUUUCUGCAGGAGACACAGGCUAAGGAGGAGGAGCCCAAGCCAGCCCCCUUCCAGCCCGAUGCACCAACGCUCUUCAUCCCCAGCCCUCUGGCUCAUCUGGCCCACCAAGAUGACCGCCCCAUCUUUACCAACCCCACCCCAGCCAUGGCUCCAGGGCCCACAUUCAGCCUCGGGAGGGAUGGGGUUCAGAGUCCAGAGCCUGCGUGGCCCACUCUACCCAUUACGAUGGCCCCCCCACCAGGGCCUGGAGUGGCCAUGCCAUCUUUGGCCCAGGCUGAAGUGCCCGUGACGGCACCUCCCAGAAGUGCGUGGAUGGUGACCCAUGAUGUGCCCAUGGACCUGGCCCAGCCAUGGGUCCCGGAGGUCAUGCCCCCUCAGGCCAGAGAGCCAGGGGUGGGGAUCCCUGCUGCCACUACCGCUUCAGGGGACGAUGAGGAGACAACCACCACCACCAUCAUCACAACAACCACUAUCACCACCGUGCAGCCUCCAGCUCCUUGUAGCUGGAAUUUCACAAAGCCUCAGGGCUCUCUGAACUCUCCGGAAGGACCCACUUCAUCCGAUGACAACAGCCUGGAUUGUUUCUACUAUAUCACCGUCUAUCCUGGCUAUGGUGUAGAGAUUAAGGUCCAGAACAUAAGCUUGCUGGAGGGUGAGACAGUGACGGUUGAAGGUAUGGGAGGUCCUGAGCCAUUGCCCCUGGCCAACCAAUCAUUCCUGCUGCCAGGCCAGGUCAUUCGAAGCCCCACCAACCAGGUAGCCAUGAGGUUCCAGAGUCUCCUGCCACCCUCAGGACCUGGGACCUUCCACUUCCGAUACCAAGCUUACCUCCUGAGCUGCAGCUUUCCCCAGCGCCCAGCCUACGGGGACGUGGCCGUCACCAGUCUUCACCCUGGUGGCAAAGCCCGCUUCCACUGCACAACUGGCUAUCAGCUGCACGGGGCCAGAGUCAUCACUUGUCUCAAUGCCACCCGGCCCUUCUGGGACUCCCGGGAGCCCACCUGUAUAGCUGCUUGUGGAGGGGUAAUCCGAAAUGCCACGACUGGCCGAAUCGUGUCCCCCGGCUACCCUGGGAACUACAGUAAUAACCUCACCUGUCACUGGCUGCUGGAGGCUCCGAUGGGACAACGCUUACAUCUCCACUUUGAGAAGGUUUCCUUGGCAGAGGAUGAUGACAGACUCAUCAUCCGAAAUGGAGACACAGUAGAGGCUCCCCCAGUGUAUGACUCCUACGAGGUUGAGUAUCUGCCCAUUGAGGGCUUGCUCAGUGCUGGCCGCCAUUUCUUCGUGGAACUCACCACAGACAGCAGCGGGGCAGCAGCAGGCGUGGCACUGCGUUAUGAGGCCUUUCAACAGGGCCACUGUUAUGAGCCCUUCGUGAAAUACGGCAACUUCAGCAGCAGCGCCGCCUCCUACCCCGUGGGCACCACCGUGGAGUUCAGCUGUGACCCAGGCUACACGCUGGAACAGGGAUCCAUCAUCAUUGAGUGUGUUGACCCCCACGACCCCCAGUGGAAUGAGACUGAGCCUGCCUGCCGAGCUGUGUGCAGCGGAGAGAUCACAGAUUCCGCUGGCGUGGUGCUCUCCCCCAACUGGCCCGAGCCCUAUGGCAAAGGACAGGACUGCAUCUGGGGUCUGCACGUGGAGGAGGAUAAACGCAUCAUGCUGGACAUCCGUGUGCUUCGGAUUGGCCAAGGGGAUGUGCUGACCUUCUACGACGGGGACGAUCUCACUGCCCGGGUACUAGGGCAGUACUCGAGCACCCACAGACACUUCAAGCUGUUCACCUCCAUGGCGGAUGUCACCAUCCAGUUCCAGUCAGACCCUGGGGCUUCUGCCGUGGGCUACCAGCAGGGUUUUGUCAUCCACUUCUUUGAGGUGCCCCGCAAUGACACAUGCCCAGAGCUGCCAGAGAUCUCCAACGGCUGGAAGAGUGCUUCCCAACCUGAGCUGGUCCAUGGCACUGUGGUCACCUUCCAGUGCUACCCUGGCUUUGAAGUAACUGGAGCCAACACCCUCAUGUGCCAGUGGGAUCUCACCUGGAGUGAAGACCUGCCCACCUGUCAGAGGGUGACUUCGUGCCACGACCCUGGGGAUGUGGAACACAGUCGCCGGCUCAUCUCCAGCCCCAAGUUUCCAGUGGGUGCCACCGUGCAGUAUAUAUGUGACAAGGGUUACGUGCUGACAGGCAGUGCCAUCCUCAGCUGCCACGACCGCCAGGCGGGCAGCCCCAAGUGGAGCGACCGGGCCCCCAAAUGCCUCUUGGAACAGUACAAGCCAUGCCAUGGUCCUGGGACGCCUGAGAAUGGUGCCCGCAGCCCUGAGAAGCGGCUGUACCCUCCAGGCGCCACUCUCCACUUCUCCUGUGCCCCUGGUUACGUGCUGCAGGGAGAGGCCAGCAUCAAAUGCAUGCCUGGACACCCUUCCCAGUGGAGCAACCACCCCCCCACCUGCAAGGCCGCCUCUCUGGAGGAGUUCUACAGUGGUCGAAGCCUGGAUGUUGCCAAGGCCCCCACUGCCACAAACUCUUUGGAUGCUACUCAUGUGGCAGUUGCCAUCUUCCUGCCUCUGGUGGCUAUGGCAUUGUUGAUGGGAGGCAUUUACCUCUACUUCUCUAGGGUCCAAGGAAAAAGUCCUCUGCAGCUGCCACUGGCUCAGCCCCGUUCCUAUGACCACAUCACCGUGGAAUCUGCUUUUGACAAUCCUACCUAUGAGACUGGCUCUCUUUCCUUUGCAGGAGACGAGGGAAUAUGAGGUCUCCAUUUAGGGAGAGGGGGCAAUCUGGGGGAGCCCGCUCUGCCUGGCAUUACCAACUGGUUGGCAGCUUCCCUGACACUACCUGCUGCCCCACCCACCUCCUGUACAUACCACCUGGAAAGAGACUCUACCCUAGCCCUUUCAGAGCUGCACCUUCCCCCAUCUGCACUCCCACCACAACCUGUCUGCCUGGGUACUUCUGCCUGCUCUGGGCUCAUCUCUAAGCCUAUAAGGGCAUUUGCCUCUGGGAGAGCCAGGCUCAGGCACUAUCUGGUCCCUGUAGGACAAGGAACAGCCUUCUCCUGCCUCUCUCCCCAUCGCCAGGUUUGGAUCUCCGGUACUGGGAAAUCAGAGCAUUUCCAUGCAGUCUCUGCUCUCAAACCAUGAGCAAAUGAGCUCCAGGCAGGCCGGGUGGGGGCUGAAACCUCUCCCUGUGCUAUUCACAGGCAAGGAGUGGGGACAGACCAGGAGCCCACACAGGUUUCACGGCCACAGUUAGCUCUCUCUUCUUAGGGGAUGCCUAUGCUCUGCAUCUCCCCGGAAUGACCUCCCCAUAGCUCUUGGGUGACUUCAAUAAGCUUCUCCCAUCCCCCUCUCCAAUCCCGGGAGCCAACAACUACCCCUCUCUCCCCAAAGCCAGAAGGGUAGAAAGGCAUAAAUCCCAGGGACUCUAAGGCUUUGGGGAUUCCCACCCACCCAGGGCUGGUUCUUCUGGGAAGUGAACUGCAAACCAAAGGGGACAACCUCUCCUUCCCUGGCCUGCCCUACCCUCUGAGGUAUCUGAGUGAGUGAGGGUAUAUGAAGAGAGUGUGAAGGGGAUGAGGAGAGGUGACACCCCUUCACCUGAUAUGCUGGUUCAUUAUAAACAUCCUUCUUUCCCAAACCAACCUCUCCUCCCGCCCCCGCCCCAGACUCCAGACAUUUACUUUCCUCUUCCACCCACCAAUAUUUUUUCUUUCUUUUGGGGGGGGGGAGUGGGAGGGGAAGAGGGUGGAUGGGGGCAAACAAAUCCAGGAGAGGGACAGUCCAAAAGCCCAGAAAACUGGCCCUGGGGGCAGAGGUUCAGCCUGCUCCAGUGGGGGAACCCAAGGAACUGGUUGCAAGCCACUUUGUACGUGUAAAGUGUCACAUAGGAUGUAGGGUCUGGGCUCCAGCCAGAGAACAAUCUUUCAUUUCUGUUGUUUCCUUAUUAAAAAGGUGUUUUCAACA